AUGAGUUACUAUUCCGACGACGAGGACAUAAACGUUCGCAUCCGUCACCAGGGUCACUCCCCGCGACCUGUCAGAUAUGUCGAGCGGCCACGGGAUUACUAUGGCUCACCUGCUGGUCCUAGCUACCUAGUCCCGGAACAGCACACAACGGUUGUUGCACGUUCUCGUUCACACGACAGAUGCCGUGAUCGAAGAGCCAGUCCGCCCGGCCCUGUGCCGGUCCGAGCGCAGCCGGUGAUUAUUAAUAAUCGGUUCUACGGCGAGCAUUCCUCAGAUGAUGAUGACGACUAUCGACGACGUCGGCAAGUCGCUCAUCGUCGUCGUCGCAGCUCAGGAUCGAGGUCGAGGUCACGGCUUACUAGGGAAGAGUGGGAAGCUGAACUCGCCCGCCGUGAACUCGAACGACUUCGCCUUGAGAAUUCACGAGAUAGGGAGGAACGUCGCGUAACCAAGGAGGCUAGAGAUGAGGCUGAACUAAAACGUGCCAAGCGGGAAUUGGACGAGAUUAAACGGCGUGAAGCCCGGGCCGAGGAGGAGAAGCGCAUCAAGGGAGAGAUGGAGCUGAAACGGCUGCAAGAAGAGGAGAAAGCGGUGGAACAAAAGAAGCGCCGCGACCAGGAGGCUGCCGAGGCAGUAGAGCGCUAUAAGAAACUCGAGGCGGAUCGCAUGGCUGCGGAAAAACUGCGUAAGGAAGAGGAGGAAAGGGAAUACAGACGCCGCAUGCAGGAAGACCUGCUGAAAUCCGGCCUAGACGAGAAAGCCAUUUCAGCCAUUCUUGGGAAGAGAAAGAUACCCGAUGCACUCCAACCAGGCCAACGGCCUAUGCACACACGAAUGGCCCGUAGGCAUUUGUCCAUUGAGACCUUAAGAACCUUCUGUGUCGAGUUUGACAUUGAUAGUGACCCUGAGUAUCUCUUGAUCAAGAGGUGGGUUCCAGAGUGGGAACAGGAUCAAUUCUGGAGGCACACGAAAUACAUCCGUGAGAAACGGAACAGCACUUUGCUGAUUGAGGAGAAGAAAUCACACCGCCAAGAUCCCCAGUUUGAGUGGGUUCGCAAGAAGGGUGAUCGUAAAAGGAGCAAGUCGCCUGGCGGACUUUUGAUGUAUCUAGCCGGAGCUAGGCCUGCCUAG